CUUUGCAGGUUACAAAACACGAACACAUGGCUUGUGUAAGUCAAAAUCAGCUGUUUGGUAACCGGUACUUGGGUGUCGUUAUGUUCAGGACGCGGAGCGCUUAUGUGCGAAAUGCUUGAGUUUAAACUAUACUAGACUUAACGUCACAUAGGCUACAUUUUAUAGCUAUAAUUUAUCGUCACCUUACUGUUGAAGAUGCCUCCUUCAGUGGCUGCUGCCGAAGAUAGCAAAGCCUUGGUGAGAAAGACGUUACGGGAAGUGCUGGUGGGUCGAGAGAAUCCUGAGGGUUUUUUUGCGAUGUGUGUGUCCGCGUUGGGGCACCAGGAGACCCACUCACAGUUCCUAUCCCUCAUCCAGCCCCUAUCCACGGCCAACAGAUCCCUGCACUCCAUCCUCACGUCCAUCUACAUGGGAUAUUUCUCUAAGACUGAAGAUGAUGAACUGGAACUAGCAUUGUCUCUCUCUCUACUGGAAAUGAAAGAUCACCAGCUGUCAAUUCCCAGCCAAGAGUCCCGACUACAGCAACCUGGAGACAGACCGAAUCAGAGAUGCUCUGUUCAACUGAAUUCUGUAUCUCAGCCUCAGGGAAGCAGCCACGCCCAGCUAGCAGAUGUAGAAAACACCAACUCACCACAAACUGGAGCCUGGGUCAAGGCGGGCCCACCACAGACAACCCAAGAAACUGAGCCUCAGAAAAGCACAUAUGUUGACGAAUAUAAAAGUGAGACACUAGGGACAAGUCAGACUGUUUUUGUCUCCAGACUGUCUGGCUUACUUUCCAAGCAAGACAUGGUUGAAGAAGGUGACCAAAUGACGGAUGAGGGAGAUUUGAAUCAAACAGAGAAACUAAAGCGCUCUAAGAAGAGGCGACAGCGGCGUAAAGGUGCUGGCCAGCAGGUCGUAGGUUUGCCCUGUUCUCCAUCAGCACCGCCACCGGUACUGCUGUGGUUCAGGAGGGACUUGCGACUUGGGGACAACCCUGCUCUCAUUGGCUCAUUGGAGAUUGGUGCACCUGUCAUCCCUCUCUUCAUCUGGAGCCCUGAUGAGGAGGAGGGACCUGGGAUCACAGUGGCUAUGGGGGGAGCUUGUAAAUACUGGCUUCAUCAAGCAUUGUCUUGUUUCUCCUCAUCUCUGGAGAGCAUUGGCAGCCAUCUUGUCUUCCUCAAGGCAAAUGGAUGUUCUCUGCGUACCCUUAAGGCGCUAGUAAAGGAGACAGGGGCGAGAACGGUCUUGGCUACCGCCCUCUAUGAGCCCUGGCUGAAGGACAGGGAUGAUGUGGUGGUGUCAGCCCUUCAGAAACAUGGUGUUGAAUGCAGGAUGAUCCACUCGUACUGUCUCAGAGACCCUUACUCUGUCAGCACGGAGGGUGUUGGACUCAGAGGAAUAGGUUCAGUGUCUCACUUCAUGAGCUGCUGUAGACAGAAUCCAGGGUCUGCGUUAGGGUUUCCCCUGGACCCUCCCAGAUCUCUCCCCACACCUGCUCAGUGGCCUCAGGGUGUCUCUUUGGGCACGCUAGGCCUGGCACGCAUGCCCCGCAGGAAGGAUGGCACGACGAUUGACUGGGCGGCUAACAUCCGUAAAUCAUGGGAUUUCAGUGAGGAAGGAGCAUGUGCCCGGCUAGAGGCUUUUCUCAAUGAUGGUGUGUAUAGAUAUGAAAAAGAGUCAGGCAGGGCGGAUGUCCCAAAUACCAGCUGUCUGUCUCCCUACCUUCACUUUGGCCAGCUCAGCCCACGCUGGCUAUUGUGGGAUGCCAAAGAGGCACGAUGUCGACCCCCAAAGUUCCAACGCAAACUGGCGUGGAGAGAUUUGGCUUACUGGCAGCUGACAUUGUUUCCUGACCUCCCCUGGGAAUCCCUCAGACCUCCAUACAAGGCUCUGCGGUGGAGCAGUGAUCUUGGCCACCUGAAGGCCUGGCAGCAAGGGCGAACAGGCUACCCACUGGUGGACGCAGCCAUGAGGCAGCUGUGGCUGACAGGCUGGAUGAACAACUACAUGAGACAUGUGGUGGCGUCUUUUCUUAUAGCAUAUCUCUAUCUGCCCUGGCAAGAAGGCUAUCGCUGGUUCCAGGACACCCUAGUGGAUGCAGAUGUUGCCAUAGAUGCUAUGAUGUGGCAGAAUGGGGGCAUGUGUGGUCUGGAUCACUGGAACUUUGUCAUGCACCCCGUUGAUGCAGCAAUGACCUGUGACCCCUACGGCAGCUAUGUUAGGAAAUGGUGUCCUGAACUUGCAGAGCUACCUGAUGAGCUUAUUCACAAACCCUGGAAAUGUCCUGCGUCCAUGCUUCGACGUGCUGGUGUGGUGUUCGGUCAGACAUAUCCUGAGCGAAUAGUUACAGACCUGGAGGAGCGGAGGAGUCGUUCCCUGCAAGAUGUAGCUCUGGUGCGGAAAGAGUAUGGACGGUAUGUGGACAAGUGCACAGGGUGUGACUUGGUGCCUCUGCCUCCACGCCUAGUCUCUGAGGCUCUAGGCUUAUCACACAGGGAUGGCGGUGUGGUGACAGAAGGGAAGCAGUUCCUAUUGCCUGUUAUCACCCGCAUGGAGUUCAAACACCAGAUAAAAGAUCCAGAUGCAGAUGCCCCCUCAAAUCCCUACAAUGCUGUUCUAAAAGGAUACGUGAGCCGAAAGAGGGAUGACACCAUUGCUUUCCUUAAUGAGAGAGACUUUACUGCAAGUGUGAUGUACGAGGGAGUUCAGAGAAAGGAGAGGCUGGAGAGGGAUUAUCGCAGAAUCGAGGGACUCCCUCAGCCUCCUGCACCUCAGGGCAGGGCCAGACGAACUCCAACAUCCAAGGACAGGUUUUCUAUAGUACCUGGUGGGGCGGUCUCCUCACUCAGGUGAAACAGAGAUCAAGACUGAAGGUUUACAGGUUGUAAGUGACUAGACUGUUUCUAGUUGUAAAAUGCACACGUACAAAAUGUUACAAAACAAUAGUCUUUUAGGGAAAGAUUGACGCUGUGGAUAGAGUGAGAAACCUGCGUUUGUCUUGUGACAAGUUUGCCAGAGUUGCAAAAUGCUUUACAUCAAGUAUGCAGUAUAAUCUCGGGUAUUACUGUAUACCAUUGCCUGGGUCUAGACCUUUGAAUCCACCCACUCCAGAGUUAAAUGAAUAUGUAAACAGAGUGUAACUAGUUUGAUAUCAGGUGUGUGUGUGUGUAUAUAUAUAAAAUAUACAAAUAACAUUUAUAUUAUGUGAUGCUCUGACUAAGUGUCAAGCAUAUUACCUGUUCAAUACCUGUGUUAUAGCAAAUAUCUUGUUAAGUCACAUGAUUGCUGGCAGCAUUCAACUGGGUGGCUGUUUUUCUGUGUACUGACCUGGCAGCCAGAUUUUGCAUUGUGGUGAGCCCUGCACAAGUUGAAGGAGCUGAUGGGAUUACAUUUUACUGGAAUUGUACCUCAUACGAUUUCAUGUGACAAAUACAAAUUGAGUAAAACUACAUGACAUGCAGACAUUUAAAAAAACUAAAAAUAAAAAUACUGCCUACUUUAUAAUAUAAAGUCUAA